UUUAACAACUCAGAUCAACACUACAUGAUGUCUUAGGUCAAAGUGAAAAAAGCAUUGUAUCCAGUGGAAGCAGCAGGCUGAAUGCAGACAUCAAUGUGGGAAUUUGUUCAAGACACCAAAAAAUGUCCAGGUACUACCAAUAGCCAAGGCAGUCAGCACCUCAGGUUUUAUCUCCAAAGCCAUAGCAUGGGAUCAAACAGCUGACCCUCGCUGAUCUAUGAAUGGAAGCCUCUUUCUUUCCUAUUAUGGCAUCACUUCCUAGAUGCACUAUUUGGCCUUUUCCUCUAUGUGAUGUCAUGCCUCACUCUGAUCUACUUCCUGGAAACGGAAAGUGCAUUCCGUACAGACAGGACUUCCAGUGAGACAAAGCCACAAAGCGGCAUUCGGAGAAUAAAGUCAUUGGCUACGAAGAAGGGAGAGCAUCAGCAGAGGUGGGACAGAAAUGCUGCACCUCGUGGUUCUGUCUGCCAACAUCCCCCCUGCAAAAUUCACCACACCUGACUCCCACGUGUCUGCCACCUUCAGAGAUGUCACAAGGAGCACCAGAGUCGUGCAGAAGGAGCAGAAUCCCACCUGGAAUGAGACGCUGGUGUGGCUCCUGGCAGAUCAGCCCCUGGACUGCGCCUCCUUCCUGGACGUACAGCUCCGGGAGUGGGGUUGCCCAGCUACAGAAAGGGAGCUGGGCUCUGUUACUGUAGCGCUCACAUCUCUGGCGGCCAAACCAAGCCGCAGCCCCCCCCUGCCGGCCCUGCCCCUUCUGGACCGUGGCCACCAGCCAACAGGCUGCACCAUCAGCGUAAGUGCCUCCUGCACCCCUCCCAGACUCCAGGCAAGAGAGGAGGCAGGGAGAGAAAAAGCCAGUGGUGAAGGCCCACGCAGCAGGGUCAGCACGGCCCUCUGCCGUCUUACGGGAGAGGGCCACUGGAAGGAAGGAAUAAGCAGCCGGCUAAGUCCCAGGAAAGCACUUGCAGACAAAAAACAGGACUUCCAGGUGCGCGUGAAGAUCAUUGAAGGCCGCCAGUUGCAGGGAAACAACAUCAAGCCCGUGGUGAAGGUCUUCAUCGGCGACCACGUGUUCAGGACAAGAAUCCAGACCGGGAACAACCCCUAUUUCAACGAGAUAUUUUUCCAGAACUUCCACGAGACGCCUACUCAGCUCUUCGACGAGACCAUAAACAUACAGGUGCUGAACUCAAGGGCUGUGCGAGCUGAUUCCAUCAUUGGCGUGUUCAAGCUGGAGGUGGGACACGUGUACGACUCUCCCGGUCACGCUCUCAACUGGAAGUGGCUGAGCCUUUACCACCCAACGCAUCUGAAUACUGGCCUGAGAGGCUACUUGCAAGUCAGCUUGUGUGUCACGGACCUGAACAAGCCUGCAGAGAGCGAGGACGUGGAAUCCAACCUUCUCAAGCCGCCAGCGAUGCCCGUGUGCCUGGCCACCGUUCAGCUCCGUGUCUACAGAGCGGAGGAUCUGCCCCAGAUGGAGGACUCCUGCCUGCAUUACUUCCGCUCCAUGUUCCAGCUGCACGUCAACAAAAGGGUCGGGGUGGACCCGUCGGUGGAAGUUAGUUUUGCAGGGAAGACGCGCCGAACCCGCGUGAUACCGCGGAACGCCAACCCCGAGUGGAACCAGGUGCUGUUCUUUCCCGUCCAGCGCCGAACCCGCGUGAUACCGCGGAACGCCAACCCCGAGUGGAACCAGGUGCUGUUCUUUCCCGUCCAGCUGCCCUCGGUGUGCGACAGGAUCAAGCUAACGGUUCUGAGCGGGUAA